GGUAUAAUGGAUGUCUAUAAAGGCAUUUAUGACAUCUACCAAUAAAUCUAGAAAUGUAUGUCUCUAACCAGUAAAUGAGUCAGCACAUUAUAGCCAGAAACAGGCAUGUUACAUUAGAGUAGACCAUACAAGUAUGAAGAGAACAAUAAGUGAUUUUGCAAGUAACACCACUGCACAUGGUUGGGGGAAUGUCACCCAAAGAACAACAAAACUUGGUAGAACAAUCUGGAUUGGCCUCUGCCUGGGUUGUACAGGUGUGGCAAUAUGGCAGGUGAUCACGAUCAUCCUGCGAUAUGGGACAUUCGAUACAAGGGACAGAAUUGUUGUAAAGAACGGAGACAUUGUAUUCCCAUCAGUUACUGUGUGUCCUUUAGUUGGAAUGCCAGCAUCAGGGUAUGAUCAGCUUUUUCAAGAUAUGAGAGAGGGAAAACAAGAAACUAUUCCAUUGAUGAGACUAACUGAGCUUUUACAAAAUCUCACAGCUUAUGUAGACAAUAAUAUCUCACAAAGUGCUCAGUCAGAGAAACUGGAAUUUUACGAAGAGUUUCACACUCAGUUGUACUCUUUUCAAGGAUUUUUUGACAAUAGUAAAAAGUCAAUUCAAGACUACAGCCAUAAACAAGAUAAUUUUAUCCCAGUAUGUGUGUAUCAAGGAAAGUCAUGUUUGAAGUCAGACUUUACCACUUUAGAUCACCAUGAACAUUAUACAUGCUUUACAUUCAAUGGAGGCAACACAACCAUUGCUAAACCUAGCACAAAGAUCUCAGGCCCUAAAGGGGGACUAUCUUUAACUUUAUACCUUGAUGCCGUUGAAGGUUCUCUGAUAUACAAUCCAAACUAUGCAACCAGUGGUAGUCAAGGAGUAAGAGUUGUGAUCCAUGAAAAGGGGACCCUGCCUGACCCAGAAAAUGAUGGAUUUGAUAUUGAGCCAGGACACUCGGUCAAUGCAGCAUUGUCUGUCAAUGAAAGACAACUGAUGAAAGCACCUUGGGGAGAAUGCGCUGAUCACGACUCUGAGGCCUAUGGAAGUUUCAAAUACACCAAAAAACAUUGUCUCCUGAAAUGCCUGCAGAAAACCAUCUAUGAAACAUGUGGUUGUGUCCAAUCCUCUUUACCAGUCGAUGAUGAUAUGGCUCACACAAGAUAUUGUCUAAAACUUCACUUAAACGAAUGGGUAAAACUUCAAUCCAAUGAGUACAAUCUAACUAUAAUUCAGAAUGACUUGGAACAACUUCGAUGCCAAAAUAAUUUUUCAUUGUCAGAUUUUGUGGGCCAAGAUGGUUGCCAAUGCCGGGAAAAGUGCUUGUAUCAAUCAUAUGAAAUGACACUCUCUCAAUCAGUGUGGCCAUUAGAAGGGGUAGAGAUAGACUUGUACUGUAGAUCACUCAUGAACAUGGACAACUACAUUAACUCUAGCAUUUAUAAUAGCUUUCAUGAUGUUUUCCCUGAAUACUGUGGUCAUGCAAAAUCAGAAGAAGAAAACAAGAUACUUAGAGACACAUAUGGAAUUAAACUGAGAAAAAAUGUUGUUCGUUUAAAUGUGUAUUUUAAAGACCUAGACACAAAGAUAACCCAGCAGGCUGAAGACUUCACAAUUAACUCUAUGAUUUCAGAAAUUGGAGGAAGUUUUGGAUUCUUUAUUGGCAUGUCUGUUAUAACAAUUGCUGAAGUGAUCAUUUUGUGCUUGAACCUUGCUCAGGUGAUUAGAAAGCAAAUGGUAAUAUCACCCACACAUCAAGAAAAGGAAAUGGCACGUAAAAAUGCCUGGGUGGAGACAUGGCCUAAACAAUGAUGAAAUGUUACAUCUAGACAAUAUGAGUGAAUAUAUCCACAGUUCAUAGGUUCUACAGAUGGAUAAACUGUUUAACAUGAGUUUUCAGAAUAAAUGUUGUCUACUUUAUGCACACUAUAGUAAACUUUUAAGUUGAAAAGGCCUUUUAAUCUAACUGUCUUUUGGAUUGAUUGAAUGACAUUCUAACUGGUAUUGUCAUUUCGUAACAAUGCAGUGUGGACUGUAUAUUAAAACUGAAAAAAAUAAAUCAAUAGGGGUAAAACAAUAUGCUUUAUGUAGUUAGUCUUGGACUAUUCAAAGUUAAUCGCAUGACUUUCAUGUUUUGGCUACAUGACCAUACAAAAAAAUGUCUGAAAAUAUUGAUUAUUACCCUACAAUAUAAAACCCAUAAAUUAGGGAUAAUAUAAAAUAUGAACUACUGAUUCUUACAUACCCAGAAAUGAGCCAAACAGUUGACAUUCCAAAUUCGUUUUAUUUGCUCAUCUGUCAACCUCAUUAAGUUGAGUCCAUAGAGAAUUCCAGCAUUGUUUAGUAACAUUGUCACAUCACCAACUUCUUGUUUCACUUUUGCCGCAGUUUGGUUGACCUCAUCUACGUUACUGACAUCACAUUUGUAAGCUCUAGCAAAUCCACCAUUUUGAUUGAUUUCCGCUGCAGUUUCUUUGACGCCUUCCUGUUAAUAGAAAACAUUCAAUUACCAUGCUGAUACUUUUCAAAUAAUUUACAGUAAAACUUGUGUAAGUGGAACAUCUAUUGUACGUCAAGUAGUGUUCCACUCGACAAAUGUUUCACAAACAGAGUUUUGCUUCACAUGUAAUUGGGUAAGAGGAUUUUAUAUGUUCCACUUCUGGGGGUGUUCCACUGACGGAGGGGUUCCACCUUACAG